AAAAUGGUUUCAUUAUUAAUGAUAUGGAUAAAUUCAAGAAUUAAGUAUUGAAAGAAAACUAUAGACAUACUAAUUUUAAUAGUUUCAGAAGGUAUCCUAUUAUUUAUUAUAAGAUCAUUAAAUUUGUAUGGGUUUUCUUCUAAAAAAUACAAUAAAGGAAAAAUACUAUAUAUAAACCCUAAUUUCAAUAUUAAUUCAGAAUAACUUCCAAGAAUUUAGAUAAGGCAAGUUGAGAUAUAGGAUUUCAAAAGCGAAUUAAUUAGAGACUACAAUAUAUUAUAUGAGAUUAGGGAAAGUUAAAAAAACAUCAUGCAAUAAAUUAAAUAACUAAUUGAGGCUUAAAAUUUACUUUACUAAAAGUUUUAGAGAUAAUAUUUGGCUUAUUUAAAAGAAAGAAUAUUUUAAAGAAUACGAUUUAGAAAAUUAGAACGAUUUUGUUUUUGUUUCUAUUUUAAUAUACAAGAUUAAAAAUAUAGUAACUAAAUAUAUUAUAUUUUGAAUAGAAAAAAUAAUAGAAAGAAGUCUGGUGAUAGUAGCAAAAACACUUUCAUAAUCAUCUGAAAGUUAAAUGAUAUUAGAUGCUUACAAAUUAAAUUAAUAACAAGAAUCANUUAUGAUAGGAUUAUGUAAGAAUAAGAGUUAAUGGAUAAACUAAAGGAAAAAAAGUAGGGAAAUUUGUAUGGAAAUUCCAUCUUAAUAUUACAAAUAAGAAAUACAGUAUAUAUAUUGUAUCUUAAAAAUAGAAAGGUUCUUAUAUUAGAAAUGGAAAGAAGCUAAUUCUUGUUAAGAAUGUCCUUGUAUUGGAGAUAUAUCUUAAUAAACCUUUAAAUAAUAAUUCUAUACCUACCCAUUAAUAAAUAACUCAAUAUUUGAUAUCAAAAUCCCAAAUUUAAAUUUAAGAAGUCCUGAAAUUUUAGAACUCUGUGACACAUAAGAUUAAAAUGAGAGUAGUGAUUUAGAUUUAAUGGAAGUUUAAAGUGUUAGUAAUAUAAGUAAUUAUCUUAAUUUGUGA